AUGGCAAGCCUAUCAUACAGUCAAGUAGCUCGAAUGUCUCGAAGGGAAUUAAAAAAGUUAAAAGAGCGUGAGAAAGAGCUAAAAGAGCGUGAGAAAGUGAAAGAGUUUGAGAAGGAGUUGUAUAGCAGAGAAUGUGUUGCUCAGAGUAUCAACUUUGUAGUCGGUGAAGCAAAUAAAGAAUUACCUGCCUUGUUUGAUCGUGAGAUAUUUUCCUGCUAUUUAGCAACAAUACUUGCAAGGGAUAAAGAGGUAGUUGCAGUGUGGUUGAGAAUUUUACAAGGUCGCUGUGAAAUUUACCUUUCUAAGAACUCUGAUUGGCUCGACGAAGAUAUUGAGUAUAUUGAUAAUAUUACGAAAUAUCUGAAAAAUAUAUCAAAAAAUGCUCCUGUGAUAUCAAAAGAUAACGAAAGGGAUUUUCUUGAGGCUGUAACGAUUUACUGCUCUACUAAACUUAAGUCUAGAUUGAAAAAACUUCAUGAUGAUACUGAAUUCUAUGGCGAUAAUGAACAUGUUAAAUCUUUCAGUGAUUUUCUUUCAGUUAGGGUUGCUAUUAUUGGCAAUGCAGAAAAUACAAAUAUUAUCACAAUAUCUGGAAUUUGUAAAGAGUAUUGUGAGAAAAUUAAAAAGGCUAAAAUUGAGUCUAGAAUCCCCUCAGAAUUUUUAAGACAUAUUAAGAAAGUGUCGUCUUAUAUGGCGUCUGCUAUAGGUAUCGUAGAAUGUGCACGUAAUAUACAAUAUAAAUCAUUAUUCUCUAACGUUCAAGUGUAUAGAGUGAACCCUGUUAUCAUAAAAAAUCAGCCCAUAUAUUCGUGGGAAAAUAUUAUCAGAAGGUUUAUUGAUGAAGACAGAUAUAAACGUUUCAUGAAUAGGUGUUCGAAAAAGCCUAAAAUAAUGGAAAGAAUCAGUAAAGUAUAUACCGAUAAAGCCACACAAAAACAACAACCACUUGACGGUGAUAACGUUAAACAAUGUAUAUACUUACAUGCGGAAAUGAACAUAUUGGCCUCCUUAAUUAUCGACAAGAAAAUUAAACGUAGAGUGUUUAUAGCAGUGUCAAAGAGAUGUUGUUUCUUGUGCGAACUUUACAUUAAUUUUGCACAACUAUAUCAUGGAUAUAAUAUCAUCGUUUCUGAACCACAAUUUUUUACUAAAUAUGAUUUUGAUUGGAAAAACACGAAAAUAUGUAGCGGAUGGAAAUUUCCGCAUGUAAGGGAUAACAAAUUUAUGGCCGAAUCCCUGAAUUAUAUACUAAAAAAUCUUAAUCAAAUCAUAGAACAAAAAUUAGAACACUAUACCAGUAAUUUACCGGCGGAUUCUAGUGAUGGUCAAUAUAUAUAUGGAUAUAUUAAAGGUUUUAGCAGUAACCCUGAUAAUAACUUUAAUUUAUUUUCUUAA